AUGGUUGUUUCCUUAAGGGCCCAUUCAAAGGGUAUAGAGAUUUCUGUAAAUGAUGUCCUACCACAAGAAGACAUAGAAAUCGUGCUAGACAAGUGUUUGCGAAUUGGACUGGAAGUAAAAAGAACAAAAGCAUAUCAAUUUUCCUUUUGGCAGAUUGUUAAGUCCUCCACUGAGAUAAAAGGGCAGAAGAACAAAGAUGCACUAUCCAAGAUCGAUGGCACAGUUGCAACUGAAAUGUUCAGUAAAAAAGAGAAAAUGUGGACCAAGGCUUUUCAAAAACUACAUGCCAAGUCGGAUAUAGUCGAUAAUGAUUUGUGUGAGGCAUUUAAUUCGAGCAUUGUUGAGUCAAGAUGGUGGCAACUUUAUGGGAUUCUUUGUCCUCAUGCUAGUUGUGCGAUAUGGCAUGGUGGUGGGGACCCAUAUGAGUUUUUGCACUUAUGUUAUGACAAAGACACUUACAGUAAAGCAUAUAAUUAUGUUUUACAACCUAUUAAUGGGCCUCACGAUUGGAAUAAAUAUGAACUUGAGUUUUUUCUUCCACCAGUUUACAGAGAUAUGUCUAGAAGGCCUAAGAAAAAUCAAUGGAAGUCAAAAGAUGAACCAAAAAAAGACAAGCCAGAACAUCUUAAUAGGACGGGUCUUAUUAUGACUUGUAGAAAUUGUGAUGCACAAGGACAUAAUAAAAGAUCAUAUUCUCGACCUAAAACUGCAAACCAGGAAGCAAUAGUGAUGGCAAUUCUUCAACAAGAUCGACAAUCCGGUUCAAAUAAUCCAAGGAAGUUGAAAGAAGCUGAAGAAUCUAUGGGCACUCAAGAAUCAGUUACACCAACGAAUAAUGAAUAA